CCUUUGGCUAGUGAGUUUUUAGCAGAAGACAGUCAAGAGAAAUUUUGGAAUUUUGUAGAAGCCAGUCAAAAUAUUGGAUCAUCCGAUCAUCACGGUACUGAUUAUUCCUAUUAUCAUGCAAUAUUAGAAGCUGCAUUUCAGUUUCUGUCACCUCUACAGCAGAAUUUGUUGAAAUUUUGUCUGUCCCUUCAUUCGUAUUCAGCUACAAUUCAAGCCUUCCAGCAGAUAGCAGCUGAUGAGCCUCCACCAGAAGGAUGUAAUUCAUUUUUCUCUGUGCAUGGAAAGAAGACCUGUGAUUUUGACACCCUUGAGACUCUUCUCCUCACAGCAUCUGAAAGACCCAAACCUUUAUUGUUCAAAGGAGAUCACAGAUACCCCUCAUCUAAUCCUGAAAGCCCAGUGGUGAUUUUCUACUCUGAGAUUGGUUAUGAGGAAUUUUAUAAUUUCCACCGCCAGCUUAUAUCAAAAAGCAAUGCAGGCAAAAUCAAUUAUGUAUUCAGACAUUAUAUACUUAAUCCCAGGAAGGAGACUGUUUACCUCUCUGGCUAUGGUGUGGAGUUGGCAAUUAAGAGCACUGAGUACAAGGCCAAGGAUGAUACUCAGGUGAAAGGAACUGAGGUAAACACCACAGUGAUUGGUGAAAAUGAUCCCAUUGAUGAAGUUCAGGGGUUCCUCUUUGGAAAAUUAAGAGACCUGCACCCUGACCUGAAGGGGCAGUUGAAAGAACUCAGAAAACAUCUUGUGGAAAGCACCAAUGAAAUGGCACCUUUAAAAGUUUGGCAGUUGCAAGAUCUCAGUUUCCAGACUGCUGCCCGAAUCUUGGCUGCUCCUAUUGAAUUAGCUUUGGUAGUUAUGAAGGAUCUUAGUCAAAAUUUUCCUACCAAAGCCAGAGCAAUAACAAAAACAGCAGUGAGUUCGGAACUUAGAACCGAAGUGGAAGAGAAUCAGAAGUAUUUCAAAGGAACUUUAGGAUUACAGCCUGGAGAUUCCGCGCUGUUUAUCAAUGGACUUCAUAUUGAUUUAGAUACACAGGAUAUAUUCAGUCUGUUUGAUAUAUUGAGGAAUGAAGCUCGGGUAAUGGAGGGUCUGCAUAGAUUGGGAAUAGAAGGCCUUUCUCUGCAUAAUGUUUUGAAACUGAACAUCCAGCCCUCUGAGGCCGACUAUGCUGUAGACAUCCGGAGUCCUGCUAUUUCAUGGAUCAACAACUUGGAGGUUGACAGCAGAUACAAUUCAUGGCCUUCUAGUCUACAAGAGUUGCUUCGACCCACCUUUCCUGGUGUUAUCCGGCAGAUCAGGAAAAACUUGCAUAACAUGGUUUUCAUAGUUGAUCCUGCUCAUGAGACCACAGCAGAGUUGAUUAACACAGCUGAGAUGUUCCUCAGUAAUCAUAUACCACUAAGAAUUGGUUUAAUCUUUGUGGUUAAUGACUCUGAAGAUGUUGAUGGGAUGCAAGAUGCUGGAGUGGCUAUUCUGAGAGCGUAUAACUAUGUUGCCCAAGAAGUGGAUGAUUAUCAUGCCUUCCAAACUCUGAUACAUAUAUAUAACAAAGUAAGGACUGGAGAAAAAGUAAAAGUUGAACAUGUGGUCAGUGUCCUAGAGAAGAAGUAUCCAUAUGUUGAAGUGAAUAGCAUUUUGGGGAUUGACUCUGCCUAUGAUCACAAUCGGAAGGAAGCGAGAGGCUACUAUGAGCAGACUGGGGUUGGUCCACUGCCUAUUGUUCUGUUCAAUGGAAUGCCCUUUGAAAAGGAACAGUUAGAUCCUGAUGAGUUGGAAACCAUCACAAUGCAUAAAAUCCUAGAGACCACAACCUUCUUCCAAAGAGCAGUGUACUUGGGUGAAUUGUCCCAUGAUCAGGAUGUGGUAGAGUAUAUCAUGAAUCAGCCAAAUGUUGUUCCACGAAUCAAUUCUAGGAUUUUGACAUCUGAGCGAGAAUACCUGGAUUUAACAGCAACCAAUAACUUUUUUGUGGAUGACUAUGCUAGAUUUACUGUUCUCGAUUCCCAAGGCAAGACUGCUGCUAUAGCCAAUAGUAUGAACUAUCUGACCAAGAAAGAUGAUUCUUUCAUUAGGCCUGUAACUUUUUGGAUUGUUGGGGAUUUUGAUAACCCUUCUGGAAGACAGUUACUGUAUGAUGCUAUUAAACAUCAGAAAUCCAGUAACAAUGUUAGAAUAAGCAUGAUCAAUAAUCCUAGUGAAGAUAUAAGUUAUAAGAACACUCAGAUCUCCAGAGCAAUCUGGGCAGCUCUCCAAACACAGACCUCCAACUCUGCUAAGAAUUUCAUCACAAAAAUGGCCAAGGAGGAGACCGCAGAGGCCCUGGCUGCAGGAGCUGACAUUGGGGGGUUCUCUGUCGGGGGCAUGGAUUUCAGUCUUUUUAAAGAGGUCUUUGAGUCUUCCAAAAUGGAUUUCAUUUUGUCUCAUGCCAUGUACUGCAGGGAUGUUCUGAAGCUGAAGAAGGGACAGAGGGCAGUGAUCAGCAAUGGAAGGAUCAUUGGGCCACUGGAGGACAGUGAACUCUUUAAUCAGGACGAUUUCCACCUCCUAGAAAAUAUCAUCUUAAAAACUUCAGGGCAGAAAAUCAAAUCCCAUAUUCAACAGCUUCGGGUAGAAGAAGAUGUGGCAAGUGACUUGGUAAUGAAGGUGGAUGCUCUCCUGUCAGCUCAACCAAAAGGAGAUGCAAGAAUCGAGUACCAGUUUUUUGAAGACAGACAUAGUGCAAUUAAAAUGAAGCCGAAGGAAGGGGAGACAUACUUUGAUGUUGUGGCUGUCAUUGACCCUGUCACCAGAGAAGCACAGAGACUUGCCCCAUUGCUCUUGGUUUUAACCCAGCUGAUCAACAUGAAUCUAAGAGUGUUUAUGAACUGCCAAUCUAAACUUUCUGACAUGCCUUUAAAAAGUUUUUACCGUUAUGUCUUAGAGCCAGAGAUUUCUUUCACUCCAGAUAAUAGCUUUGCUAAGGGUCCAAUAGCAAAAUUUUUGGAUAUGCCACAGUCUCCUCUCUUCACCCUGAAUUUGAACACACCUGAGAGUUGGAUGGUGGAGUCUGUCAGAACGCCAUAUGAUCUUGAUAAUAUUUAUUUAGAAGAGGUGGAUAGUGUGGUGGCUGCUGAGUAUGAGCUGGAGUAUCUCUUACUGGAAGGUCACUGCUAUGACAUCACCACAGGCCAGCCCCCACGAGGACUGCAGUUUACAUUAGGAACUUCAGCCAACCCAGUCAUUGUGGAUACCAUUGUUAUGGCCAAUCUGGGCUACUUUCAGUUAAAAGCCAACCCGGGAGCUUGGAUUCUCAGACUAAGGAAGGGUCGGUCUGAAGAGAUUUAUAGAAUCUACAGCCACGAUGGCACAGAUUCUCCUCCUGAUGCUGAUGAAGUUGUUGUUGUUCUCAACAACUUCAAGAGCAAAAUUAUUAAAGUGAAGGUUCAGAAGAAGGCAGAUAUGGUGAAUGAAGACUUGCUGAGUGAUGGAACUAAUGAGAAUGAAUCUGGAUUUUGGGACUCCUUCAAAUGGGGCUUUACGGGAGGACAGAAGACUGAGGAAGUGAAACAAGAUAAAGAUGACAUAAUUAAUAUUUUCUCCGUGGCAUCUGGUCAUCUCUAUGAAAGAUUUCUUCGUAUAAUGAUGCUAUCAGUACUGAAGAAUACCAAGACUCCUGUGAAAUUCUGGUUCUUGAAGAAUUAUUUGUCUCCCACAUUUAAGGAGUUCAUACCUUAUAUGGCAAAUGAAUACAAUUUCCAAUAUGAGCUUGUUCAGUACAAAUGGCCUCGGUGGCUUCAUCAACAGACUGAGAAACAGCGCAUCAUCUGGGGUUACAAGAUCCUCUUCCUGGAUGUGCUCUUCCCACUAGUUGUUGACAAAUUCCUGUUUGUGGAUGCUGAUCAGAUUGUACGAACGGAUCUGAAAGAGUUAAGAGAUUUCAAUUUGGAUGGUGCUCCUUAUGGCUAUACUCCUUUCUGUGAUAGCCGAAAAGAAAUGGAUGGCUAUAGGUUCUGGAAAUCAGGGUACUGGGCCAGUCAUUUGGCUGGGCGAAAGUAUCAUAUCAGUGCACUGUAUGUCGUGGAUCUGAAGAAGUUUAGGAAAAUAGCUGCUGGUGACAGACUCAGGGGACAGUACCAAGGUCUGAGUCAGGAUCCUAACAGCCUUUCAAAUCUUGAUCAAGUAAGUGGCUAUUUUUUUUCGUUAACACUUUCAGUGAUGGGUAUGCAAUAUUGUUUCAGGAAUUAA